AUGGCAAACCGUGAAAUCGAGUACCUGGUCCGACACAGAGUCAACCGCGAAAAGAGCACUGUCAAUUACUGGGAAGAGCGCGGGGGCCGAGACCACGUCACACGACUGGAAGAGUUCCACGUCUACAAGGUCAAAUCAAAGGGCUGGAAGAAAGGUGAAUGGGCUUACAACUGUCAGUGGGUUGGAUGCCCGCCUGAUCAAAAUACCUGGGAACCCGAAGCCAAGAUCUUGAGCAACGCUCCUGCUGCUGUCGCGGAUUAG